AUGCCUGAAGGCCGCCAAUCCCCUCCACCUGAGCGCCAGUCCGGCAAGCAAGUCGGGAGUCAAACGAAGAACGCCCCCGAGUCUAACCCGAAAUCCAAGGACUGGUCGGCCAAAGAAAAACAGCUUAAGGCUGAGAUCGAUAGGCUUGAAUCAAACCCAAAGGGUCCGAUGGAAGACGCUUUGGAGUCCAAGUUUUCCAAAGAGACAGGGAACCCAAUUGGCAGGAACGUGAUCUAG